CCGAAAGAACCGCCCUGUAACGCAACUCUGCAGUUUCGCCUCCACCGUUUUCUGGUGCGGACUGCCUGGCCGCGCCUUGUUCCGCACAGCGCCGAGCUUCUGCCAACAAGGAGGCAUUGCCCUUGCGGCACACCGCGGAGCACCACGAGGUAUCACGUCGCCGUGGAGAUCGUUAUACGGUCGCACAACGGUGCCAUCGAGAUCGCCGUUGCGUACCAGGUCGCACGGCAGCACGGUCUUUUCCGCCUGCAACGCCUUGGGCAUUGGCAACUCUGCAGGCUUCGAAAAACCGAUCCCAUGGAUCGUGGCCGCCUCCAAUACCAAAAGCCCAUGGGCAGCAGCAGCAGCGUCCUCUCCGCCGCAGCGCUGUCUAGCAACGCGCCAGUCUUGUGUGGGCGCAUAGCCUUGCAACUCUCAGCUCCAACUCCUGCAAGUCUUGCAGCCCUCACCAAGCUGUUCCCGGGCCCCGUGCAGCCGCGGGAUGCGGAACUGGCACUGUACCAGGCCCUCGUAGCCCACCAGAGAGGUGAGUAGCAGAAUGAGAAAAAUGAAAGGCAUAGAAGAUGAAUAUGUGAUAGGUGAGGAGGUAAUAUGUAGA